CACUCUCCGUCCAAACUCUUCAAACCCAUUUUUCUUCUUCUUUUUCUACUUCUUCCCUCUCUCUCUCUCUCUCUCUCUCUCAGCUCUCAAUUCACCUCUCCUUCCGGCGAUCUGGAAUCCCUUCCUCUCCGAUCUCCGCAUGCCGAGAGACUACCUCGCCAUCGCCUUCCUCCUUGCUGCUGGCGCCUCAUUGAGCUGUCUCCCUGUGGGGCAUUGUCAGGAUGCUUCUGGGCCGGCUGGGCUGGUGGCGAGGUUGGUCUAUGAUCGGCUUGCUAAUGUCACUGAUCGUUUUGUCGAGGAUGCUGGGAAGCAGCUUAGCUUCUGUGUCCAGGAUGCGAAAGCUGAUUGGAAUGACGCCUUUAAUUUCUCUUCGGAUUUGGGGUUCUUGGCUAAUUGCAUUGCUGAAACUAAUGAUCUCACAAACCGUAUAUGCUCAGCAAUGGAGCUGAAGUUCUACUUUGACAGUAUUUCUAAUGGUGGAGGAAGCAAUUUUCUAAAACCGAAUAAGAACUGCAACUUGACGUCCUGGGUUCCUGGAUGCGAACCCGGGUGGGCUUGCGGUCUUAGCCCACAUACCGCUCAAGAUUCCAAGGAUAUACCUGAAAGAGACCUUGAUUGUCGCCCUUGUUGUGAAGGCUUCUUCUGUCCUCGUGGCCUGACUUGCAUGAUACCUUGCCCCUUAGGUUCAUACUGCCCAACUGCGGAGUUAAAUAAAAUAAGUGGUGUCUGUGAACCGUACGAUUAUCAGCUACCUCCAGGGAAUCCAAACCAUACCUGUGGUGGUGCUGAUAGGUGGACUGAUGUUCAAACCAGUAGUCAAAUUUUCUGCCCUGCAGGAUUCUAUUGCCCGAGCACUAUUCAAAAAAUUCCUUGCAGUAGUGGACACUAUUGCCGGCUGGGUUCCACUUCUGAAUACCGGUGCUUUCGGAAGAGUGCUUGUGCACCAAAUUCUGCUAAUCAAAACAUUUCAAUAUUUGGUGCUUUAUUGAUUGUUGCCUUGAGUUUGUUGCUGCUAGUCAUAUAUAACUUCUCUGGUCAUCUUCUCAACCUACGCCAAAGAAGAGAAGCCAAAUCAAGGGAAGCAGCAGCAAGGAGUGCAAGAGAGUCUGCACAAGCUCAUCAAAAGUGGAAGGCAGCAAAAGAUAUUGCAAAAAAGCAUGCUGCUGGAUUUCAGGAACAAUUAUCUCGUACAUUUUCUCGCAAAAAGUCCAACAAGGAUACAGAGAUGCAAAAGGUUCUUGUUCAACCAAAACAUCUACAGUCAAGAAAUGGGGAGUUAGGUAAUAGUUUCAGUAAACCAAUGCCUGAGCUUGUUGAGGAUCCUGCUAGCGAUGAAGACUUCGGUGUGGAAUUUGAAGAUGAAAUCUCCAAAAAGUACGAACCUGAAGGUAAAGAAAUGCAUACACGUAGCCAGAUCUUCAAGUAUGCGUAUGGAAAAAUUGAGCAAGAAAAAGCUCUAGAGCAGCAAAACAAGAACUUGACAUUUUCUGGGAUAAUCACAAUGGCCACUCAACCAGAUAUCAAAACUAGACCUGUCAUCGAGGUGGCCUUUAAAGACUUGACUCUUAUGCUGAAAGGAACUAAGAAGCAACUUCUGAGAAGUGUAACCGGGAAGCUUAAGCCUGGCCAUGUAACUGCUGUCAUGGGCCCUUCUGGGGCCGGGAAGACCACAUUUCUUAAUGCUUUGGCUGGAAAAGCUACUGGAUGUGAUGUUACCGGUUUGGUUCUUAUAAAUGGAAAGGCUGAACCUCUUCGAGCUUACAAAAGAAUUAUUGGUUUUGUGCCGCAAGAUGAUAUUGUGCAUGGAAACUUGACAGUGGAGGAAAAUCUCUGGUUCAGCGCAAAUUGCAGGCUUGCUGCAGGCAUGUCGAAGGCUGACAAAGUUCUUGUUGUUGAAAGAGUUAUUGAAUCCUUAGGUUUACAAGCUAUACGAGAUUCCUUGGUGGGGACAAUUGAGAAACGUGGAAUCUCUGGGGGACAAAGGAAACGAGUAAAUGUUGGAUUGGAAAUGGUUAUGGAACCAUCACUGCUAAUUCUAGAUGAACCGACAUCUGGCUUGGAUAGCUCCUCAUCUCAGCUUCUCCUAAGAGCACUUCGCCAUGAAGCCCUUGAAGGAGUAACCAUUUGUUUGGUUGUUCACCAACCAAGUUAUUCAUUAUUCAAGAUGUUUGAUGAUUUAAUUCUUUUAGCCAAAGGAGGUCUAAUUGCAUAUCAUGGAUCAGUGAAAAUGGUUGAAGAAUACUUUGGGGGCCUUGGGAUUGAUGUCCCUGAGCGUGUGAAUCCUCCAGACUAUUACAUUGAUAUUUUAGAAGGCAUAGUAAAACCAAGCACCAGUACAGGUGUGAAUUAUAAGCAGCUUCCAGUUAGAUGGAUGCUACAUAAUGGUUACAAGGUGCCCCAGGAUAUGCAGCAACAUGUUGCUAUGCUUGGCAUACCAGCAAAGGGCGAAGAAGGAAGUAAUUCUGGAGUUGGAUCUGAAGAACAGUCAAUUGCUGGUGAAAUGUGGCAGAAUGUUAAGGGUGCCAUAGGGAAAAGAAAGGACAUUUUGCAUUACAACUUUUCUCGAACUAAAAAUUUGUCAAACCGCCAAACUCCUGGCAUGUUGAAACAAUACAAGUAUUAUAUAGGGAGGCUUGGUAAACAACGUCUACGUGAAGCUAGAUCGCUAGGAGUUGAUUAUUUGAUUCUAUGCCUUGCUGGAGCGUGCUUGGGAAUGCUUGCUAAAGUCAAUGAUGAAAAAUUCGGGGUGGAUAGUUACAUAUACACAAUCAUUGCAGUUUCUCUCUUAUGCAAGAUUAGCGCUUUGAGGUCGUUUUCACUAGACAAGUUGCAUUACUGGAGAGAAAGAGCCUCCGGCAUGAGUUCACUAGCUUAUUUUCUAGCCAAAGAUACAAUAGACCACUUCAACACUAUCAUCAAACCUAUAGUUUAUCUCUCGAUGUUCUAUUUCUUCAACAAUCCAAGGUCAUCUAUUGCAGAUAACUAUGUUAUUUUGCUAGCAUUAGUCUAUUGUGUGACUGGCAUAGGCUACACUUUCGCCAUCUGCUUCCAACCAGGAUCAGCACAAUUGUGGUCUGCUCUUUUUCCAGUUGUUUUAACGCUUGUAGCGACGAAGAAAAACAGCCCAAAAUUACUCGCAAACAUAUGCUACCCAAAGUGGGCACUAGAAGCAUUUGUGAUUGUCAACGCCAAAAGGUACAAUGGUGUCUGGCUGAUAACCAGGUGUGGUUUGUUAAAGACACUCACUUAUAACAUCAACCAUGUCGGUCUUUGUAUUGGAAUUCUCAUGGCCUACGGAGCGAUUUUCCGCUGCAUCGCUUUCAUCUGCUUAUUGACCUUCCAGAAAAAGUGAACUCUAUAAAAAUUCAGUUUGGUUAUUUUUGUGUACAUGUGUUGUGUUUAUUGGUGUGAGAAUUGUUUGAGGUAGAAUACGAAAAAGAUGAGAGAUUAGGAAAGAAAUUUACAAAGUUUGGUACAUGAAUGUAAGAUAAAUGGCAUGAAUAUUUGGAAUUUAGAAUGAAAUGCAUUGCCAAUAUAUUUUUCA